ACCGGGAUUAGACUCAGCCAGUCUCAAACCAUAGUAAAAACCCCAAGUAAAACCAGUUAAGCACUCAGUUGAAAACCUCUCCAAAGCAAAUAAUUAACAAUUAUUUACCAAUGUGGGGUUGAAUAGUUCUUUGCUAAUCACCUCCGAAUCCACCCAUCAGAACACGCGAAAAACACUAUUCACUUGCAUUCAAACUGUGAUAUAGCCUGUGUCACAGCCGCCUCUCCCCGGAAAAAAAAAAUCUCUCACCGAUUUUUUUUUCCGGGGAGAGGCGGCUGUGACACAGGCUAACUGUGAUAUUGUCAUGCAAUAAAUAUGCACCGAUUGUAGACCCCUGAAGCUCUUGUUCCCGUCCAACUGGGUGGGGAAACUGGGCUCGAAGUUGCAUCAUCACCAAAUCCUGGCAAAUUAGUAAUGGCGGCCCUCUCUCGAUCAGAACACUACGAACUACAGAAGAUUGUGAACAUUAUGGGGGACGAAACUACGUGUCCAGUCUGCUUGGAAGAAUUUCAGGAGCCGAAGUGUCUUCCAAACUGUGCUCACAAUGUUUGUGAGCGAUGUUUGGAGAACAUGGUGCGUAGAAAUAGUAUUACCAUUUCAUGUCCCCAGUGCCGAGAAGAGUCUUUCCUUCCAUCUGUAGGAGUGUCUGCUUUCCCCACCAACCAUCUUUUGUUGCGACUUAUGGAGAACACUCCUGCCAGAAAGGAAAAAAAAGCUGUCAACGAGGCACUGACAGUUUGCAAAGAUAGGGUGAAGGCGGCAGAGAAAGCGAUGAAAGAAAUGGGAGAAUGCUACGAGAAGGCCACAGAUCAGAGCAAAUUGUUGAGAAGCGAGAUUAACAGCAUGGCUGAUAAUUUGGUCCAGAUCGUAAAUGAUCACAGGAAAAUUCUUCUUUCUCAAGUUGAUUGCUUUAUGACCGAAAACUAUGACACUGAUUCUCUAGAAAGAGAGAGGGAAGACAUUGGAGCUUUUGUUCAGCAAGCGAAAAGUUGUAUGCAGAAAGCCAGUGAAAUUCUUAAGCAAGGUGAAGUUGGAAAAAUUCUGGACUCUGGAGACUUGCUUGUGAAGCAGUUAAAAGAAAUCAGUUCCACUGCAGAAGCAAGAACACUGGAAGCCAGAAAGCUAUCUAGUCAGGCGGAAAUGGAUUUUUGUCACUGCCAGCUGUCAGAAAUGGAAGGCAAAUUUGUGGAAAUGCUUGGGAAAUUAACAUUAUCUGCUACCAAGUAUAUUCAUAGUGAAGCUAGUGCUGGUGUUAUCGAUUACAGUACAUGUGGAGAAGAAACACAGACCAUUGAAACUGGAUAUUUGGCUUUUGCCAUUGCUGCGUCAAAUGUGUCAGGUGACAUUGUUGUGCUAGAUGAAGAGGAGAGACGUGUUUAUGUCUACUCUUCACAGGCAGAUUACCUGACAUCAUUUCGUAUUAGAUAUGGUGACCUGUGGGACAUAACGUUUUCCAAGGAUGAUGAAAUUAUAGUCUUGAACCGAGAGUGCAACCGUUUGCUUCACUAUGACAGAGAAGGCACAUUCAUCAAGAAGUAUGUGAAGGCACCAAACAACCGUGUAAAAUUCACAAGGAUAUCUACAGAUGCCAGUGGUCGCUUGCUAGUGACCUCAAGUCCUAGAGACUGCUGUGAUGAACCUGAGGAUGAAGUACAGCCAUGUAUUCUUGUGUACAAUUCUGAUAGAAAGUUUCAGUUUAGCUUUGGUGAAGACAAACUAGCUUGUCCUCAAGAUGUUGUGUAUCAUCAACAAAAGUUCUUUGUUACUGAUGGUGAUUUGGAGUGUGUAAAGGUCUUUGACAGCAGUGGCAAAUUCCUCUUUGACUUCGGCAAUGGGGAUCUCUUAGAUCCAGUUGGCAUAGCAGUUGAUGUAAUCAUCAAUGCCAUUUUAGUGUGCGACUGCAGUAAUAAUGCGAUUGUGGCCUUUAAACCAGAUGGAGAACUAAUUUCAAAAAUUGAAACUGAUGAAGAACCUUUGCAUGUUGCCCUUUCCACUAGUGGAACAAGUCUGGUUGUGUGUUUUAAUAAAGCAGCCUUUUUCCAAAUUCUUUCAAACAGGGAAAGUUAGUUUGGUAUUUCUUGGCCAGCUAAGCAGUAGCCAAACAGUUCAAGAUAACAUGGUGGCUAGUUUGUAAUGUAAUAAAACUGGAAUUCUAUUGAUGCUUUUUAGGGGGUUAUGCAUUUGAAUUCCCAGUCUGGAUUUCAAACCUUUUCUUGUCACAAUUUAGGAAGAUCUGCAUGUUACAGUCAGAAUUUCAACACAAUUUGUAUCACUCAUUGUCAUUUAUACUCCUCCGUGUCACUGUUUCCAUGUCAAGGUCCUCCUUAUUGUUCAGAUAAGCAAGUUAACAGAUAUCCGCUUCUGCACACUCAUUUCAGAUUAAUAACUAUUCUAAGGCAUGAUUUGGAUCUCUGUAGAGCUACAUGAACACCAUCCAUAUGGAAUGCUUAGACAUCCCUCAAGUAAGGGUGGAUAGAGCUCACCAUGUCAGACAUCUGUUCUGGCUCCAGUUCAGACAUUAUAAACAAUCUCACUGUCCACUGGACAGAGAUUUACCUGGAUAAAAGCAUUAUCCAUUUUUGAACUGCAACUUUCCAAAUGCUUUGAGAAGCAUCAUGUUACAAAUCCCUUUAAAACACUAGUUAAGAUGUUUUUGUAUAAAUUAUCUGAGAUAGCUAUGAGCCUGAAAGAGGUUGUAAUCUCAGCAAACAUGUGUAGUGUGGGUUCAUUGUCAUUAAUAUUAGUUUAAAAUGUAUUCACCUAUUGUCAAACUAGUGUCAGCCUGACUGAGAGUAUUGACUAACAAAAUGCUCAAAUUUCAAGGAUAAAGAGCUUUUUAUUUAAUAGAUACAAUGAGAGACUUCCUUAAGGACUAUGCCAUCCAAAGGGUGAAAGGGUUUAAGAGAGACCAUAAAUUUAUGUUGUGUGUAAAAUAUUUACUAUUUACAAAACAGGUACAAUUUGUAACAUUGUUUCACAAGAAGAUACACAAUUUAUUUGAUUAGUCUAUUUAUGGCACAAGCAUAGCUUACCAAUGAUGCCAAUGUGUGCAAACAUUAAAGAAAUACAGUGAAUACAAAUAUUAGGAUAUAGAUGUGUUAUUUCAGGGCAAAACUUACUGACAGCAAAUUAAUAAUGUAAAUUGAGGCUUUGCAGUUCAUGUCUGAUAUGUCGCUGAUAUUGCAUGUAUAUACAAGAUUUUAUAUUUCUAUGCAUGAGAGAAAUCAUGUGAUAUUUAGUUAGCUAUCUUUUUUUUAUUUUAUUGGUUCUUUGAUCACAAGUCUGGGGUCUGCAUCUACCAGUGAAUGCUUACUGUUUUGUAAACAGUCGAUCAAGUGCAGUAUUAACAUGGCAUGUUCAAAAUUACAGUUUGAAACAGAUGAUAGCUGGGGUUGGGGCACAGGUAUAUCCCGAGCCUGUGUUGCUAAAUUGGAAGGAGUUUUCUCAAAUUUAAACAAAGGAAAUAAUAAACGCGACGGUGCAGUUUGGAUGUCUGAUCUUAAUUAGCGUAGAUUUUUACGUUUCCUCCUUAGUUUUAGUUUCGAUUG